AAAUAUUUUUAACAAUAUUGAAAUAAAUUUAAUUACUCUAUCAUUUAUCGAGUAUAAAAAAGCAGCUUAUACAAUUCUCAUAAAUCAAUGUAUUAAUAAUUAGUAAAGCGGACAUGUGUGUUUGGUUCAGUUAAUAAAACUGAGCGUGAAUACAGACACACAUGAAAGCAGGCAGGACACUUGGCAAAGUCCUUUGUUUUUAAAACCCAACACACACACACAAAAAAAUGGAUUAACAGAGACUAAAUAAGUAUUACCACACAUAAUUCGGCGAUUUUUUUUUUAUCGCCUCCAGAAAUGAUUAAAUAGUAAUUUUCGUGGAAUUACAGACUGAAAAAAGAAACAAAUGAACAAAAACGAAGUUCUUUUCAGGUUUUUACGCGUCAGGCCGAUCUGGAACAGAGACAGAGAGAGAGGAAGGUUAGCAAGUCCUGAAGUCACAACACAGUUCAGAGUUGAUACUGAACACAGAUCUGCUAUCCCAUAUUGAAAUAAUAAUAAUAAAAAAGAUUGAACUGUAAACAAACUCAAGUUUCCACCAGCGCCACAGAUGUAACUCAGCUGCUGUUUAAUGGAGCAAAUAAAAACGAUGCUUCAGCCUCAACAGUCCUGAGUUUGGCCGUCAGCCCACCUCCUCAUUUCGUGCGUAACUGGAAAUGAAACCGAGCCCUGAAGUCACACAGCUGAACACAGAUCAUCAUGUCAGUAAAGUUGUGGCGCAGAUCAACUCUCACCUGGAGCGAAACAUCCACAUUGGUCUCGCUGCUUACAUGACUAAUACAGAUCAUACUGAUCAAACAACAGCUGGAUUAUCUGACAGAUGAUCACUAAAAGCUGACUGCUGCUCGUUUAACACCAGCUCAGUGAUCAUCAUUGAUGAGGAAGAUUUAAUGUGAUAAAAUCGAGAACUUGAAAGAGUCUGAGGCUCCGUCGGUGAGUUUAGGAGAGUUUUCCUGAUCCUCGCAGCUCAGAGCAAACAUCACCAGCGGAGGAAGAAAGUAGGUCCAAACCAUUCUCUCCUCUUACGUCUGUAAUGUCAAUUGGCAUUGUUGGCGGCCCGCCGUGUCCGCAUCGCUCCGCCCCUCCAUGUGUUGGAGUCUGAGUCCGGCGGGAUAAGGGCAACUCGUCUCUUCCCGCAGCCGAUCAGCUGGACUUCUUCCCAGGGAGGCGCAAGAAGCAAGAAGCCGGAGGGAGGGAGGGGGACGCAGGCAGAGAGAGAGCCGCCCGGACCGGACCGACCCGACCACAUCCAGCGCUGAGCACGGGGCGGGGGGUGGGGUGGGUGUCCGCACCAUGUCCUUCAGCCCAAAGCACUCCACUCCCUUCUCAGUCACCGACAUUUUGAGCCCGAUGGAGGACAGCUACCGGAGGUUUGGAGGGAUGGAUCACGCCGCGGGGAGCCUCGGGUCCCAGCUGGGCGCCUACCGGCAGCAGCAGGUCCCCCAGCCCGGUAUGACGCAUCAGCAGCAGGCGCAGCAGCAUCAGUCGCCUCACCUGCACCAUCAUCACCACCACCAUCACCAUCACCACCUGUCCUCCUCCACUUCAUCCUCAUCCUCCUCCUCUUCUUCAGCCACAGCAGCAGCAGCAGCAGCCGCCGCAGCUCUGGGACCCGGCGGGCCCUACCACGUGCCCCACGGGGUGCCGCAGUUCUCCGGGGCCGUCGGCGGGUUCUGCAACAGCGGCAUCGGGAACGUGGGAGACCUGCCGUCCUACCAGGAGACGGUGCGCAGCGGAGGGGCGGCGGCGGCAGCGGCGGCCGCGGCGUGGUACAGCAACCCCGAGCCCAGAUACCCGACGAUUUCCAGAUUUAUGGGCCCCUCCGCCGGGAUGAACAUGUCCGGGAUGGUGGGCAGUCUGGCCGGGAUGGACUCCACCAAGUCCAUGGUGUCGCUGCACGCCGCGCCGCGCAGGAAGCGGCGGGUGCUCUUCUCCCAGGCGCAGGUGUACGAGCUGGAGCGGCGCUUCAAGCAGCAGAAGUACCUGUCCGCCCCGGAGCGGGAGCACCUGGCCGGGCUGAUCCACCUCACCCCGAACCAGGUGAAGAUCUGGUUCCAGAACCACCGCUACAAGCUGAAGCGGCAGGCCAAGGACAAGAGCUCGCAGCAGCUGCAGCAGGACGGCGGAGGCGGAGGGAGCGGCGGAGGUCUGUGCGCGACGAGCCACCGCUCCUCCUCCGUGUCGCCGGUCCUCUCCAAGAAGAGCUGCCGGAACGACUCCAGCGGCUCCAGCCAGAUCGGAAACCGACAGGGCGGCUCGGGAGAGGCCUUGAGCGGGACCCCGCAGCAGCAUCAGCAUCAGCAACAACAGCAGCAGCAGCAGGUGAACCAUCUGUCCUCCACGGACGAGCUGGAGGAUUUGUCCCCGAGUCCGCCGCUGGGACUGCACGCUCAGAUCAACAUGACGCAGACGGACGCGGCGCUAAUCGAGUACACAAACAGCAUGAUCGGCUCCAAUUUACUGUACGGGAGAACUUGGUAGGGACACCGAGAGGGACGACGGACCGGAUCGGGCCUGUGGGGCCCUCAUUCCCGUGUUGGAUUUUUGAGAGAACCCGCUGCAGGACAAAAAAAUUAAAAAUAAAUAAAACAAAAACAAAACAAAAAAA